UAGGACAAUUAUGAAGAUGGUUAUUCUGCAGGAGUAACUGCACCACGGCACAAGAAUCUAAAACCGCGGGAUGCAGGGUAGCUGCGGUCUGAAGUUCUACCAAGGCUAUUCUGGCAUUUCCACCAUCCCUCUCCGCCUCCUGCCCCUCCUCUCUCCAGGGUGCUGCCGGUGUCACCAGGGCAACCAGCACGCGCGGCCCACGCUCAACUCCCGGCCGGUUCCGCAACCGCCCACCGCACUCUCCGCACCGGCGGCUGCGCGGCGCGUCCCACGCCCCGGUCCCGGACCGGUCUCCGGUGGCCUCUGGGCUGGAGCCGCGGGCAGCAUGGCCAGGGCGGCAGCCUCUUCGGCGCUGGAGGACUUGGACCUGAGCGCAGAGGAGGUCCAGCGGCUCACCUCGGCCUUCCGGGACCCGGAGUUCCGCAGACUGUUCUCCGACUACGCCGAGGAGCUCACGGACCCCGACAACCGGCGGCGCUACGAGGCGGAGAUCACGGCGCUGGAGCGGGAGCGCGGCGUGGACGUGCGGUUCGUGCACCCGGAGCCGGGCCACGUGCUGCGCACCAGCCUGGACGGGGCGCGGCGCGGCUUCGUGAACGUGUGCAGCAACGCGCUGGUGGACGCGCCCCGCGGCCGGCCGGACGGCCACUGGUCGCUGCCCUACAGCCUGGCGCCGGGCCGCGAGUACCUGGGGCGCCGCGGCGGCCGCUACACCGUCUACGACGUGGUCUUCCACCCGCGCGCGCUCGCGCUGGCCCGGCGCCACGAGCGCUUCCGCCGCAUGCUGGACGACGCGGCCCUGGACGCCGUGGAGACGCAGUGGGGCGUGAGAGUGGACCGCACCAACGCCAAGACGCUCAAGAUCAAGUACAAGGGCACCCCGGAGGCCGCCGUGCUACGCGCGCCCCUGCCCGGGGCCGGCCCGGCGCGGCCCGAGGGGGAGCCGGAGGGCCCUCUCCCCGGCCUGCCCUACCCCUACCCGCCCCCGGCCCCGCGCCCGGCCGCCCGGCCCCCCGCGCCCGCCCCUCCGGCCGCCGGCCCGCCGCGCGCGCCCACCGAGCCCCGCUACAGCGUGGUGCAGCGCCACCACGUGGACCUGCAGGACUACCGCUGCGCCCGCGACUCGGCCCCCGGGCCCGUGCCGCACGAGCUGGUGGUCACCAUCGAGCUGCCGCUGCUGCGCUCGGCCGAGCAGGUGGCGCUGGAGGUGACGGGGAGGCUGCUGUGCCUGGACUCGAGGGCCCCCGACUACCGCCUGCGCCUCUCGCUCCCUUACCCCGUGGACGACAGCCGCGGCACUGCGCAGUUCCACCGAGCCCGCCGGCAGCUGCUGCUCACGCUGCCCGUCGUGCGCCCCGCCCCGCGCCCCGCGGCGCCGGAAGAGCCCGCCCGCGCGCCCGGAACUGACGGCCCGGGGCCGGAGCAGCGGGAGAGGGAAGAGGAGGAGGAGGCACCGGAGGAGGAGGAGGGGAGGCGGGAGAGGAAGGAUCGGGAGGAGGGAGAGCUGGAGCGGCGGGAGGAGGAGCGGGGGGAGGAGAAGCAGCGAGAGGAGGAGGAGGAGCGGGAGCAGCGAGCAGAGGAGCGGCAGGAGGAGCGGGACCAUCGGGAGGAGGAGGAGCCGGAGGAGGAGCAGCGGGGGGAACGGCGUGGGGAGGAGGAGGAGCGGGAGAAGGAAGAGCCGGAGCGCCGGGAGGAGGAACAGCCGGAGGAGGAGCAGCGGGGGGAACGGCGUGGGGAGGAGGAGGAGCGGGAGCAGCAGUGGGAGGAGCGGGGCCCGGGCGAGCGAGCGGUGUGGACUGCGGCCGUCGGGGAGGAGCCGCCCCCCGGAGCAGGGAGCCUCCCGGGCACUUCAGCCGGGUCCCCGGGCAGGGGCCCUGGUGCAGGAGCAGGGGGCGCACGCGGGGACCCUCGCGGUGAAGCCAUGGGUGGUCCUGGGGCCGCCCGCCGGGAGCCCGUGUGUCCCCCUUCGCGGUGCAGGCAGGACGAGGAGUCCCUGACUCUGCUGGUGCAGGUGCCUCGGAUCCAGCCGCAGAGUCUGCAAGGGGACCUGAGCCCCGUCGGGUACCAGUUGCGCUUCUCCACCCAAGACCUGGGUUCCUACGCUUUCUCCCUGCGCUUUGCUCCGGAGAACCAGCUGAGCUGCAGGGCGCCCGCGGUCAGCGUCUCCCCGCACAACGCGGUGAUCGAGCUGGCCAAGGCUCCGGGCUGCCGCGGGCCCUGGAGGGAGUGGUAUUACGGCCCACACGGCGGCUCCUUGGAGGAAAGGUUGUUUGUCAAUGAAGAAAAUGUUAAUGAAGUUCUUGAAGAAGUCCUCAGCUCUCCAUCCACGUGGACGGAGCCCCUAACCCCACCAUUGAUCGAAGUUCUUCAGGUUACUGAUAGUAAGAUUCAGAUUCAUGCAAAGUUGCAAGAAUGUAGUAACUCUGAGCAGCUUCAUGAAAAUGAAGAAACAGUCAACGAAGGAAGUCAUCUUACUGAAAAAGAAAGUACAGAACAUUCUACCAGCUUCCCCAGCGAGUCUGCUGAUUCAUCUGGAGCAGUUCAAGUACUAGAAACAGACAGUUGUGGUUCGGCUGCACACUUGCAACAAGAGUCUCUCGAUAUUUCUAAAAUGUCACUUGGAAAGUCUGAGCAGUCCGAAUCAAAAAUGGAACCUGAAUUUAUAAAAGAAAAACGUGCUGUUUACUCAAAUGAGGAAAAAGAUAAUUUAAAAGAACCAGUAACAACUGAAGAGGAGUUGUUAGAUGAUCACCUGUCUUCAUUACUGAACAAAACCACGGUUCACAGUGGAUCUGGUUUUGACAACAUAAAAGAAACCAAUAUGCAGGAUGGUAGUGUGCAGAUUAUUAAAGAUCAUGUGACUCACUGUGCAUUCAGUUUUCAGAACUCUCUGCUAUAUGACUUGGAUUAAUUCUAUAUAAUUUUGGAACUUAAAGGUUAAGAGUAAAAAAGUGUUGGACUUAGAUUCUUUCUGUUAACUACUGUCUUCAAACUGAAGGUAAACAACGAAGUAUAAAAUUAAAAUUUGCAAUUUUGAUUCUAAUGGGGAAGCUGGAGAUAUUUUUUUUGCAUGUAGAGAAUUUAUACAAAGCUUCCUUAAUUAUGGAGAUAAGUUUUGUGAUUUCUCUGAUAGAGGUGUAUUUUUUCUAACGGAGAAUUAAACAUUUAGUUUUAAUAUAACCUGUAUAUAUUUACUUCUGUCUUAUUUUUGGCUUCUUUUACAAUUUUAAUAAAAUUUCAAAAUAUUCACUAAGUUGUAUCUGUCACAAAAAGUAAUUACCAAGAAUGCAAUUAACUAGGAAUAUAAAUGUGUGUGUGGGGGGGCGGUAGAAUCUCAAAACUAUAUAUAAAUCUCACUGAAUAGGAGGUACUUAGGCCUGAAACAGGUUCUUAGAGAGGAAAGAACUUACUAACCAAUAUUAACGAUCCAAACAAUUACAAUACAAAUACAGUGAGUGAAAUUUAGUAUUUUUGCCUCAACUCUGUAUUUUACUUUUCUGUCACACAAAAUAUAGGCAUAAUACAGGUUAUUUAGUAAUGACUUUGAAAAUUGAGUUUUUUGGAAGUUGCUGUCAUAGUAUUAAAAUAUCUUUUAGUUUUAUAAAAUAUAUUCAUGAAUUUUAGAACAGAACAAUAAAAAUAUCUGGGAAUUUGCUCCCAUAGGAAAAUUGUCUUCAUUAUAUUUGUUACAUGAAAACAACAAAAAAAAGCUGGUGUUUUCUAAUAAUUUUUUUCUGUAACAUCUAUAAGAGGGCAGCAGAUGAUGUAUCUAACAGUGGCUAAGUUAUUAAUUUUGUGGAACAGUAUUUUUAUUUGUGGCCAGGAGAAAAUUCUAAUAGAUUUUUUCUCACAAAAAUUUUUAGUACAGCAUGAAGGAAAAUUUAGAAAGAAAAAUAUUUGAUCUAAUUCCUGACCCCAACGCCGUGGAGCUGAUCUAUUUCCAUUCCAAAAAUGGCUACUAAUUCAAACCUCUGGUCUUACCUCAGUCCUGGAAACUACCUAAUUGUCCUUCAAACUGGGGAGGUCAGAUCAGAGCACCAAAAGCAGAACAAACGCAGCUCAUCAAGCCAGAGAACUAUUCGCUUCACCUUAGAUGACAGGAUGCACUUUUCAAUCCUAACAGGAAUCUUGGUUUGAUGCAAUAAUUUUGAGACUGUCAAUUUAAUACACCAUUUUCUUAGACUGAAAUGACAAAUUGUAGUAUCUACACAGAAAUUAGUCUGAAUAAUUUCUCGUUGAAUGGAAUUAUUCACCGUUAAGAAAAACUUCUUUGUUAAGUAUGGAGUAAAUUAAAGACUUUCCUAUUAUUUACUGUUUGUCCUUUAAAUAAGUAUGAUUUCAGUUAAAAUAAAGCUGGCACUAGAACAUGUUUCA